CUCGACGAUGAGACACUGGCGACUUAUAUGGAGAAGCUGCGCCAUCAGCUGAGCCGCCUGAAACGCUUUCGUGAAAUAUCGUUUGGGCCUUACUCCGUCGCACGUCAUCAAAGCGAAGCACAUAUGUCUUGGUUCUUCAGGCGCAGGUCACUACCCAGUUUGACCGAUUCUACGCCUACUGCUACUACUACACGUACAACUAUGCAUGAACAACCAGCGUUGAGGUAUUCAUAG